AUGUCUGAAGCAAACGUUGUGCUGAGACGGUCGUACGCACAUAUGUUUGCCCAGGCGGCGCUGGCAAGUGCGGAAAAUGAGAUUGACAGGAUUGGGCAUAUGUCAAGUUUGGGAGUUACCCUACCUCAAGAAAGAAGCCAUUUGCAUCCUCUAGUGCCUUUCCAUCUUGAUUCAAUCUUGGCUCUUGUUGUCCUCACCAUUUAUGAGUACUGCCAGCGUGGCAAUGUCUCCAGAAUGAGGGCUCGAAUCAACCAGGCUGUGACUACGGCCAUGGACAUGUCUCUUCAUGAGCUUGGGUUGACUACAACAGAAUAUUCAGAAGCGCAACGGCGCGCUUGGUGGAUGACACCACCGGUGAUUACUGCAGAGGAUCAACGAAUUACGACCCCCUUCCCUCAGUUUGACAUGCAUCUAGAGGUAUCCUAUUAUCUUCAAAAUUAA